AUGGGCAUCUGGGACGUUUUCACCGAUAUCGUCGAGGCCGCAACGCCAUGGAGCGUCGUCGAAGCUGAGGCUCCGGCUGCCGAGGAGGAACCUCAGUGCGCCCCCGCCAAACACCACUUUGAGCACUGCGUCGAGCGCGUCCAGGAGCAGCAGGAGAAUGGCGGUGCCAAGGAGGACUGUGUCGAGGAGUUCUUCCACCUCGCUCACUGCGCUACCGAGUGUGCUGCUCCCAAGCUCUGGGCCAAGCUCAAGUAA